UAGAACCUACCCCUACGAGAGACCCCCCAGAUGUACAAACAGAGGUAUGAGUGGAGUAGUGGCCAAAUUUAUGUUAAUCAUAGUACCUCCAGUUAUGUACGCGCCACUCCCUUCGUUAGGCAAUAAGAGCGCCUGCGUCGACCGGGCCCCUCGUCAUUAUACCGUGACUCAGUCUUGGAGUCAAGCAGUGGACCGAACACCAGUCUUCCCGGGUGAAAGACUACAGGAAGCGGUGCUUUACCUCGAGCGAGCAACAAAUAGGCACUUGUGCUCAGAGCAUAGCCAGCCCUCCUUACUCAAGGGUAACCCAACCAAGUCAACAGUCUACCAACCAUCCGACCAAAAACACCAACCAUGCGAAACCUUACGCCCAUCCCAAAGCUAACCUCUCCAUCCCUCCACACCGGACUCUCCUUCCUCUCCCUGCACCCCGAGAUACGGAACAUAGUCUACUCCCUGCUCCUCGGAACCCCAUCCACCAUCGUCUUCCAAUACGUCGCAGACCAGCACUACGUUCUCAACCAGCACCACUUCUUCCAAAGCCAUGACAACGACAACGAGUCAUCACCACCGCCACCUCCCCCUCCCCGCAUCACCCCAGCGUCCCGCGCAGCCGUCUCCCGCAUCCUCGCAAGCACAAACCUCAUGCGGACCUGCCGCCAGAUCUACCACGAAACAGCCAGCAUGCUGUACAGCAAGCACACCUUCACAUUCGCCAAAAUCCCGCAGCAACACGUCGCAUGCAUCGGCCAGCUGGCGCAGGCAGUGGUCUUCUGUGCCAAACUCGCGUCCGGGCUGGAGUACCUGCGCGCGGUGGUGAUAGACCUGGACGGCGUGUGCGCGCAUGCGUGUGCGUUCCCGCAUGUUGGGCCAGCGCGCACGGUGGAUCUUGCGCCUCUGGCGCGGGUUGUCUGGGCGAAAGGGGGGAAGUGUGCGUUUGAGUUUGCGAGGUCGGGGGCGGGAGGGGGGCUGGAGUUUGAGGUGGAGAGGAUGAAUAAUGUGCUGGGGUGUAUUGCGCGAGAUACGCUGGGCCUGAGGAAGUAUGCGGCGCAGAUUUUGAGUAUGGAGACGUACACGGCGCCCGUUGUGCUGUCUGGAGAUGAUGGAGUGCGGCAUCAGUUUGGUGCGGUUGUGUUUGGGCAAGCUGGCGAGGAGCGGCGCGCGAGAGAGGCGAACUGGGCGCGGUGUUUUUUGGUCGAAGAUGGAGGGAAGACGAUGCGGUUUGAAGAGACGGAGGGUGGAUCCGCUGGAGGACUUCUUAGCCUCUCCAAACUGCUCCGAGAGAGGAUAUUCGAAUACGUGCUCUGUCCACCAAAGGGGAUAUUUGUCAAUGUGGACACCAAGGCACAUAGCCCCGUCGACCUGUCAAUGACAUCCUCCGACCCACUGGUAGACUUUGACGACUUCCGCGCCCUCGAAAAGUUAUUUUGCCGCAAGACAGAGCAUGGCGGCUUUCGAUACCCUUGGACAUGCCACUUCGACCCGGGCCACAAGCUCAUCACGAUCGAGCUACGCUUCGUGCUCAAGAAGCUUAUGACACUGACAGAUUUACGUAUCAGCAUCAUGAGCCUCCUACGCAUAACAGCACACGCAGACGGAAAGAGCACGAACAUCGUGUUCUCGCUGCCCUCCUCUUCCAACACGGGUAUCGCUAUUGAAAAGCAGACCGUCCCCCUCCACUCGCUCCGGGCUCGGGUGCUCGAACUCCUUUCUCAAGUCAACCAAGCCAAUGCAAAGGAAGCCUUUACGAGCGAUUUCCGCGUCUUCGUCGACGGCACGGGCGCGGCUCGAAACGUCGUAAUCGGCUCCUCGAAUCAGUGCAAAAUUUUCCACGACCACGAGUUCGUACAGGAGGAGUUAGAAUCGCGGAUUAGGGUUCUAUACGGAAAAUUCGGGGAAGAGGAUCGUUUCAGUCCAGUCCGUGCAGGGCACCCGUGGCCGGUGCAGACUUAUGAUGGGUCUAUAAUACAUUAUUUGAGGUAUCUGGGAGAGGUGAUGAAGAAGACGCUGCAGAUGCAGAAGUACAGCGACGACUGGUACGCACGGAAGUUCUUUGCGCUCAAAGUCGAAGCGGGUGAACGGAGAAGCGGGAAGGGGUUUAAAUCGGACGAGGUAAAUGCAGCGUGGGAGCAGUAGGACGCGGACCACUGCUAGGGGGGCUUUGAGCAAGCCUCCCUCGAGAUAGGCGGGAGGAAUUGCAAUGAAAUACCCUUGUUCUUGCAUGAUAAUCUAGCUCCAUCUGGGGCACUUCAAGCAGACGUAUCGACUUCAACUACUCUUGAAGGAGGAAACUAAGGAGCUUGACGUUGCGUUGUUAGCUAUAUCCCCUCCGCGAGGAUCGGUGAGUCU